AUUCAUAUGUAAUACUGUAUGUGGGCCACAUUAUUGUAUAACAAAAAUAGAAGAAAAUAAAAAUAAUUUGCAGCUUUUUGUCAUUGAUGAACGCAUAUGGGAGGACUGUAGACCUUGCUUGAGCGGCUUCUCUUUAUAUAGAACAGAUCUUUGAGACCCGUGACACGCGGCUACGUCGCUUUGACGGUUUUAGCCGAUCACUGUCGAAGUUUUCCCGAGUCCCUAGCACCUUCACACGGGCUUCUUCGGUCGGUGUGGUUUUUUCCAGCUUCUCUUUGUCCGUCUGCAGCGGAACGACGGCAGGUUUUCCUCAGCUGAAGUUGACGCACUGCUCUACGAGUGUAAAAUGUCGACAGCCAGACAGUUUGAAUUAGACACAAACGGCCGGAGUACGACGUAGCAUCUCACAUCUCCCAGCGACUGAGGGUGAGCUGUGGUCAGGUCAGGGUGACAGCAGCCCGGCGUCCUUUGUUGUGACAGUAGCGGUGUUUGUCAGAGAACGUCCUCGGAAAAGACAGACAUGUCUCGUAAAACUGUCGGAGCGUCUGUGCGUCGAGGUUCGGAGGAGAUUCGAUGACCGCGGAGAGAAAGUAGACUCCCCUCAGCCGUCACUGUUUGAAUGUGCGGAGGAGACGACGAGCGGCCGGCAGCAUCUUCUAACGACGUUUUCAAAGAGCUGGUCUACGCCUCCUGGAUACAAAGCACAGCAACCACACGCUGACCUCCACCUUUAACCGCCGCCGACGAUGACAUCCCCAGACUCACCCCCCCUUGUCUCCCCUUCCCCAUGCCCUGCUCCACCUCCGUCUGUCCCCUCCUCCCCAGUGCCAUCCUCGCCGGCUCCCUCCUCCUCAUCUCUCCCGGUGCCCCCCUCCCUGCCUCCUACUGGUGAAGUGAUGGUGCUGGCCCUGGGCAGGAAGAAGCAGAGGGUUCUGAUAGCUCUCUCCAUUCUCCCCAACCUCUUCCUGGCCUUUCUUCUUUCCUCUGAUUCCCUCAUCACCCUCUCCCCACCACACCACUGCCAUCUACCGGGGCCUUUGCCCUCCCUGGAGAUGCUGAACACUUCCUUUCCCUGGGAGAAGGGGACGGGGCCCGGCCACAGCAGGGGCCCGUCCCAGUGCAAGCAGUAUGCCAACGGCAGCCAGUCAGCGGUGGUGGACUGUGAGGCUGGCUGGGACUACAACGUAACAGAGGGGCUGAGAAACAACAUCGUGACAGAGUGGGACUUGGUGUGUAACCAGUACUGGAUGGUGCCUUUGGAGGAGGUGUGUUUCAUUUUGGGUGUCCUUACUGGCUGCCUGAGUCUCGGCUACGCUGCUGACAGGUUGGGCAGAUCCAAGGCUCUGCUGACCUCACUGACUCUGUCUGUGGUCUUUGGGGUUCUGGUGUGUGUCUCUCCAAACCCCUCCAUCUUCAUCGUCAUGCGUUUCUGUCUGGCAGCAGCCAGCGCCGGAGUCUACCUCACUCUGUACAUCAGUCGCCUGGAGCUGUGUGAACCCUCCCUGAGGCUGAUGGUGACCGUCCUGGCCGGGCUCAUGACCGUAGCUGGAGAGCUGCUGCUGCUCGGUGUGGCUGUUGGCUGUCAGUCUUGGAGGGGCCUGCUGGGAGCUGGAGCUGCUCCGCUAACGCUCUUUCUUAGCUACGGUAUUCCUGGAGUUUUUCCAGAGUCACCUCGCUGGCUCCUUCUCUCCGAGCGAUCUGCAGACAUGAGUUCAUUUGGCGAGAGAAGGAACUCCAACAGAGACGUGAGGGAUGACGAGAGCUUUACAGAGCUGGACUCGGAGCCUUCCCCCUCCUCUCGUCCUCACCUGUCCUUCCCCGAGCUCUUCCACAGCAGGAACAUUUGGAAGAACAUCUGUGUGCUCGGCUUCACCUCCUUCAUCUCUCACGGCAUCAGUCAUUGCUACAGCUCCUUCCGAAGUGACGUCAGAGGCAACGCCCCCAGCUUCUACUGGACGUACCUGUUGUCGGUAUGUGCGGGUGGCGGUGCCUGGCUCCUGCUGUGGGCAACGGUGAACAGGUGUGGUCGCCGUGGCAUCCUGCUCCUGUUCAUGACGAUGACGGGUUUGGCCUCUCUGAUCCUUCUUGGGCUCAUGGAGUACCUCAGUGAGACAGCUAUCACAGUUUUCUCAGUUCUGGGACUGUUCUCCUCUCAGGCCACCGCCUCACUCUGUAUCCUCUUUACUGCAGAGAUCAUGCCCACCAUUAUCAGAGGCAGUGGUGUGGGCACCGUCCUCGCCCUGGGCUGCGUAGGACGCCUCAGCUCGCCGCUCAUGGACCUGAGGAACCACUACGGCUACUUCCUCCACCAUGUAGUCUAUUCCUCUCUGGCCCUGCUGGCCGUGCUGUCCAUACUGCUGCUUCCCGAGAGCAAGAGGAAACCGCUGCCACAGACGCUGGGCGACGGCGAGCAGUACAGACGCCCACCGCUGGGGCGGAGGAGGAGGGACAAUGUGCCGCUCCUGGCAACACCCAACCCAGAGACUUAGGAAGACACGGAGGGUGGACUGUGCUGACAUUAGUCAGUGUGUCUGACAGGACCCAGACGGAGGAACAACGAGGCCGAUGUCUCCUGAGUCAACCUUCAGUUUUCUUUGUCUUUCUGUUCACGUGUGUGUUAUUGUGUCACACCCACCCCCACACACACACACACACACACACUCUAUGUUUAGCAGCACCUCUUUCUGUGACAGACACUAUUCCUCCACUCUGUGUGCCUGUGGCAGAGAUGUCAGCUGCUGACGCUCCACACGUGACAAA